UGCAACUCGUACUCAUUCAGUCUAUAAAAUUUAUUGUCGCUGUAGGAUUACCGUAGGGUUUACAACUCCACUAUAAAAAAACUACCGAUCUCUACGGGAUGGGACUGAACAAGAACUACGAAGGAUAAUUCAGUGAUCGGAGCUGCUGGCGAGCGACAAUUUCUUCUCAAAGUUUCCUUCACUAUCAACAAGACCACGGGACUAAAUUUAAGCAUGAAUAGACGAACUGGAUCAAGAAUUAGACGGGUUACGAGUAAAGCUGUUGAUUUAAAAACCACUUCAAGUCAACAACAACAACAACAGAAAGACAACGAACUUGAAGAAGAAGAGAAGAAAAGUUCUAACGACCGAGCCAUACCAGUCAACCACCUUCAAAGAAACUCAGUUCAAAAAACUACGAACGAUCGACCUGAAGAAAACACAAAAACACACUCUCGAAGUAGUGAUAAUAAAUGUUCAAGUAAGGAGCUAUUUUUGCCUCCUUUGUCUACAACUGGUUCCGCACACACUAAUAACGACUUGAAAUCUUCGCCAAGAAAUGAUGGAGGGAGAAGAAAAGUUGGGCUCAGCAAUACAGGAUCCAUGGCUAAAAAGACUGGAGUAAAUACAGAUGUAAAUAAAUCUUUGAAUAACAGGAGUCUACUUUCGCCAACACUGGCUAAAAGGCAGGGAGUUGCUAGGCAGUUAGCUUUUCAAGAAUCCUUCGAUGGCAAGACAAAAUUCAAUGAGGAUGAAAAUACAGAUAGCGCAAUAUCAGAUGAGGAGAUUGAAGGAGCAAGUGAGUUGUAUUCUCAGAAUAGAACUGGUAUGAACAAUAGUCAGCGGUCUUGGAGAGCUUCUCCUUCAAAAGCAUCUCACACUGAAUUAGUUUCUCGGACCCCAACUCCUACCCAACAGAAGUAUAAGAAAGGGGACAUAGUCCAAAUGCCGAAUGGCAUCCGAAAGAAGUUCAAUGGAAAACAAUGGAGACGGCUGUGUUCUCGGGACAAUUGCAACAAGGAGUCACAACGAAGAGGAUACUGCUCUCGGCACCUGUCUUUGAAGGGAAAAUCAAUAAAAAGUUUAAGUUCUAUUCCUGGUCGCAAGAAAGGAACGAUGCAUGGGAGAGAACUGGACUGGGAGUCAGGAGACAGCGAAGGCAGUGUUGAGGGAGAGGUUAAUGCAACAAAUGACGAGCGGAAUCUAGAUGACAAAGAGCAAGAAGCAGCAGCCAUGUUAGUUUCGUUAAGUAACUCAAGAUGCGCAACACCCUUUUCAAACCCAGCAACACCAUUACCAGUUUCACCAGCUUUUGGAGGGUCAUUUUCACCAUCGUUUAACUUUCAAGUCACACCUGGCACACAUAAACCCAACAUGAAGGCAAGCAAGUCUGGUCGAUCAUCAAGCACUGAAUUAUUAUCUCCCUUCUUCAAUGGCUCUGGAUCUACCAAUACUAUUAGUCCAGAUUCUGGCAUCCAUUGUCGAGAGGAUGUACAUAGUGCUACACCUUCUAUUACUUCUCCAUCACCAUUAUUUUCACCAAACACUCCUACAAAGAGAACAUUUUCACCCAUCUCACCACCUGCAGGGGGAGGAACUUCACCAGUUCCACCAACCCCACCAGCUAUAUCUUCAAAGAGGACCUUCUCUGUGUCACCGAUUCCUGCUCCGUCUGCCAUCACUCCACCAAAAGCUAAAGUCGCACGAGUCAUGUAUUCACCCAUACCUCCUCAGUCGCUCCCUGUAACAUCUAGUAGUACAUUUGUUCCUGUCACUCAAACGCAACCAAGACAUGAGACUUGUAACUUAGAUAAAGGACCUCUUCCGCCUGAAGUAAAGCCGACAGAUUCUGAAAAUUCUAUUAAGGAAUCAUUUUUAACUUCAAAAACAAUUUUAAAAACACAAGAGGCAGCUAAAGUGGUUGAACAUGUCCCUACAGUGCAGAUUCCAAGUACUCAAGUUAAUAUCAUCCAAGUUGCAAUCCACCCAUGGGUUACUUUAAUUCCUCAUCUGUCAUAUACCGUAUCAAAUGAAAAACAGGACCAAGCUUGUUUAGCUGGAACUAUGUCUUCAGAAAAUGAAAGUGAAACUGUGAAGCUACAAACUGGUAUCAUCAACUCUUUGCUUGUUCAUGAUGACUCCCAAGGUGAAGAUGAAGAAAUGCGGACUUCAGUAUUACCUGAUGAAAGCGGUAUGCAACGGGAUAAUGAUGCUGUUGGGACAGGACCUUCAAGGAAGCGUACUCGAUCAGAAGGCAAAGACGAGGGCAAGGACUCCAAGGACUACGUCAGACGUCCCAUGAACGCUUUCAUGAUCUUCAGUAAGCGUCACCGUGGUUUGGUCCACCAGCAGAACCCGCAUCAGGACAACAGGACAGUUAGCAAGAUACUGGGCGAAUGGUGGUAUGCCCUUGGACCGGACAAAAAACAGGAGUACAACCAUCUUGCUGCGCAGGUCAAAGAAGCCCAUUACAAAGCGCAUCCUGACUGGAAAUGGUGUUCCAAGGACAGAAAGAAGUCUCCCAGGAAGACAUCAGAACGAGCGGACUCGAUAGACUCGGCUUCAGGUUCGGGUUUACCGAGUGGUUCUUUGGAUUAUGUUGAAGACGUGAAGCAGAGCAUGGACGAUAUCAAACCAAAGAUGCGGUGUAAGCGUUCACAGAGCACGCCUAUCUACCAGGGGGAGUCCCAUGAGUCUGUCCAAAGAUCCUUCACCCCACAACCCAGGGGACUAGAUUCGCCUCAGGCGCUAGUAGAACUGGCACAGAUGUGUUCCACACGAUUAGCUGAACGAGAACAAAAACUUGAUAUAAAUAAGCAAGAAACUCGGUCAGAAGUGCCUUGUUCUUCGUCCACGAAUCCUGACGAGCAUGCGCAGGACAGCGACGAUGAAGGAUCCGUCGAGUUGGAAUGUCGCGAGAAUCUGGACGCAAACGAAGGAGCCUUUGACUCGUCCGACGAUGAGGACAUUGAAAGUCGAGUGUUUCCACAACAACGAUUUUCUCCAGCUGUUACUGCGGGGUUUAACCAACGUAGUUUGACCCCUGACGUUAGUAAAGCUAAGUAUUCUCCGAUACCUUUCACGAGACGAGCAAGAACACCUGACGUAUUGUCCAAAGCUGGUUCAAACGGCACCACUGUCCGAUCCAAAACACCAUCACGAGAGCAUGACUCCAGGAAGCAAACCCAUAGAGUUGUCGAGCCAACGUUCAGAAGACAGCUUUCGGGGGAUUCCGAGAAAAGUGCAGACUGUGACACCUUUGUACGACCAACGACUGCGCCGUCAACGAAGUCAUCUUCCCCUGGAUUGACAAUCAGCGGGAAUUUUAAACCCAAGGGAUCGGUAUUUAGGCCCAAGUCAUCACGCCACCAGAUCUUAGCAAGAGGACCUGGUGUUCUCUCGAAUGGUGGUUUCAGUAAAGCGGGGUCUAGUGGAGUCUUGAAUUCUUCCGCGGUCCAUUCUACUGCCCAGCCUCGAGGGGUUCCAGACAACGACCAAGGUUCUGUUAGCAACGCCGGCAGUUCUAUGUUACCCAUCCGGCCAAAUGUACAGUCCGAUAAGACACACUCGCAGUCCUUCAGCAAUAAUCUUCAACAUCAAGCCACAAACAAAAGCCCUCUGUCCUCCCCCACUAGAAAAACCCAGCUCAAACCCAUUGCUCCUCUCCCUGGUGGAGUUUCAAGUACAUCCACUGCAAUAACAAACUUCUUGAAAACUGCAAAGCCAAAAGGGACAUCAAGGAUUAUUCCUCUGGGAACUAAACCGUUUGGUGCUUCUGCGGCAUUGCAAGGAAUGGUCCAAAAUUUACCCAUUAACUAUUCCCAAGAUGGAUGGCCCGUUGUGCUCCCUAGAGUAGGGACUAACUCAAGUGAGGGCUCCGUGGCAACAUCGUCAGUAGUUCCAGUGGGGACACAGGGACAAACACAGAUAAGACCCUUGCAAAUUGUCCCAUCAGUGCAAGGGCAGUCCUACUCAGGUACCGUUUUUCAGAGUAUGGCCCCGCAGAUGUUUAAACCAUUGAUGUCCCCUACUCUAGGGGUGACAAGAAGUACGUUUCACUUCUCUUCGCCUGUCAUUUCUACAGGGGUCGAGAAGUCUUCUACCCUUGACACGCAAGUCAACGUUUCCCGCUCUGACUCUUCGAGACAACUUUCCAGCCCCAACUCAGGUCUUGACGCCACAGGAAUAGCUCAAAACCCGAACCAUCUUGCCUCAACUGGAACUGAGACUACAGUAGAAGGAGUCGGCGGCAACUCUAGCAAAAGCAUGAGUACUCAUGUAGACGCUCAGCCCGACGUUGACUCGCCAAAGCAGAUCAAAGAGACUGGGACAGCUUUGCUAGAAACAGGAGCUGGACAAGGCCAUGACAGAACCGAGACAAGCUCUCAACAGAAGACCAUUCUCAAGAGAUUCGUAAAUGAUGGAAUGGAGGAAGUUCUCGCCGACGUGGAUUUCACGAGGCAAUUUGCUGACCUUCCUGAAUACAAUCCCAGGAACCCUAAAGAUCAACCAACCAAGCUUUCACCAAACGUUCCCAAACCACCACUACACAAGACUCGAUACUCGUCUAGACACGCCAAGGCGGCCGAUGGACAGAUAGAUGAACCACAGGGUGAUGGAGAAAGGGCCUCCUCAAGUGCAUCUAAUCAUUCAAGUCUAGACGCACUUGCCGAGGCUGCUGCGCUCCAAGGAAGCGGGCCCAAAGGAACACAGUGCAUCAGAAACGAAGAACGAUGCCACUGAAAGCUCUUCGCGGAAGAACCAAGACCAGAGACGAACGCUGGUCAUGGAACUCUUAACUCAAACUGGGUACUUUCCACCAGACAGUGUAACUUCAGAGUUCCAGCAAGAUCAUUCUGAGCUCUUCCCGAACAAGAACAGUCUGCAACUAAAAAUCCGAGAGGUGAGACAGAAGUGCUUGAGCACGCAGAUGAACAGUAAGUUAAGUACGUAGUAACCAGGUAACGAGAUCUCUAGUGGAGGGGAGGGAAGGGAAUGUGAAGGGAAAGAAGAAUGGCAAAGUAUUGAUGGUAGUGUAUAGUAAGAUAUUGAUAGUGUAGUUAAAUUCUUUCUUAUUGGUGUAUUUCAAAUUUAAAUAUUACAGUGUUUGUUGGGUUACUAAUAGAUAUCUGCCGAUUGCUUUAAUGCCGGGUUCUUUUUUGGUCACAAAUUCCAUAUUUGGUUAUAAAAACUAUCCUUAUUUGGUCAUGAAGAUAUUUCCUUUUUUGGUGUGCCGUUUCGUUAUUUGGUCAUGCAUUCCAUAUUUGGUAAUAACUGUUGCAUUGAUUUAGAUUUUAGUUUUUUUUACAUUUUUUUCUUCAACUAAGUUUUUCACUGACUCUUUUUAAACGCAAAAUAUCAAACUCAUAUUCUCUAGUUUUGACUUGAAGUCAUACAGAAUGGUAGCCAUAGAAAUCGUUUUAAUUUGAUUUGAAAAGUUCAUAAAAAAUGCAACGGCUUUCUUGGCGUUUGCUCAUAUUCACGCUAAAAUGAAUCGGAUUUUCUUUUUCGGCAUUUAUCUGUAUUCCAGGUAAAAACCAAUUAAAAUUUAGCUCUAGAAUUAAUUCAAAAUACCUUUUCGCUUUAAUUAUUUGCUCGAACUAUAUUUUUAAUAUUCGAAUAAGCUGCUUGCUUGAAAAGCGUCCUUUUGAAAAAAAACUUUUGCUUUGCAAAAUUUAUUUCGUUUCCUUACUCAGAAAUUGUCGCAUUUUGCCGAGCAUUUUCCCCCUCAGCCUGUGUCUAUUCAUAAAGCUAACCUUCAAAUUAAAACCUUAUGUUAAGUUUUUUCUUCGGAUUUAAUUUUGAUAUUCAUGGCUGUAGCAUUUGUACAACGCAUUUUGAACAUUUUCCAAAAAAAAAAAUCAUUCCUAAAUAUUCAACUCACUAUAAUUUUCGGGAUGCCUUUGGUACAUUUUCCCGCUCAAACUCACACGACCUUUUUCCCCGGAAUUCAAACUCAUUUUGAGUACUGAUUGGUCGCCAGUAAGUACGUUAGCUGGAAGUACAUUUUUCUAUAUCAAGGGUACGUAGUUGUAGUGGCGACAUUUUCAAGGCAUUCUUUGCAGUAAUGCAAAAUUUCUUCCAUGAAUUUGGAAGAAACUGUUAAUGCAUUUUUUGUAAUUAAAAAUUAUACGUUUUUGUCUAUGUUGGUGGCCGCCGUAUUGGAAACUACUCUCCUCAAAUCCUUCUCCUCAAAACUAAUAUCCGAGAAUUUAUUGUGCUGGAUUUUAAAGAAAUUCUUCGAUGUAAUGUCGUAAACGUUGAAGUAUUUCGGCAAAAAAGCCAAGAUUUCAAUAAAUUUGAAAACGUAGUAGGUUUUGAGUGUGCAAUUCAAUAUGGCCGUCGACCUUGCCGCCUUUUUAUCAACCCGCAAACCAUUAUGGUCAAGUCACAUGUAUUACUCUUGAUCAGUGUCGCCAAAGUUUUCCUUAACUAACAAGACUGAAUAUUAACGGAUAAUUAAAUGCGUCAGAGUUGAUUUCUAAAUGUAUUCAAAAUGGCGUCCAAUUCGCAAGCCACAAUAGAUUUGUCUUUAUAGUUGAACAAAUAUAAAAAGUAGUUGAUAAAUCCGCCUGCAGGAACACUUACUCUUUUCUAUCCAACCCAAUGCUUACUAUGAAAUAACUCGCCAUUUGUAUAUUCCAUAUAAUCUUAAAAUAUUUAUAUACCUAGACUAGGGGUUCCAUUCAAGUCGUAUUCGCGUUCACUUUUUGCAGGAUUUGUGUGAGUGGGAAACCUGUGUUACAUGAUUGGUUCUUUGGUUUAAUCAUGCUUUUUGAUUGGUUAAGGCGAGAUGCCAUAUGAGUGUAAGUGCGCCUCUGGUUACUGCUCACACGAAUUCUGCUCCGCCAAUUUUCAGGCGCUGUAAAUAAUAAAGUACGAAAAUAUGAUUUUAUUUCUAAAUGUAACUACAUCAUUCGUAAAAUAUCCGAGUCUGGCGAUUGUAAAGUUUGUGCGUUGUUUCAAGAUCGAGUGAAAAAGUACGAACAAAUGCAAGCAUUCCUGUUUUACCUGUUUUCUUGACAGAACGUACUAAAUGUUUUUAUCUCGUAAAACCGGUUUUUCAUUCAGAAUAAACAGGAAAAGCUGGCUUGCUUCUGUUUAGCGUAGAACGUAGUAUUAGUGUUUUCAUCCAUUCAUCACAAAUCGAUAAAUAUUCAUUACAUUAAUCGUUAUUUAAUUUAACUUGUAGAAAAAGACAUAUUCAUUAAUUCUUUAGUUUUAUUACUUUCGUUUUGUAAUUGAAUAAGGGUACCCAAAAUGAUUUUUUUAAUUUUAAGAUUUAAACAGCACAUUAUGUCGCAUCCCAAAGUUUUUGUUCUAUUUUACUACUCAUCUCAACCGAGUCGUAUAGACGAAAAGUCGCUUGCGAUUUACUUUUUUCUCGCGACAAAUCGAAAAAAGAGGACAGACAAAACCACUGCAAGCAACGUAAAGAUUAAAAGGACAAUUUUUUGUUCCUUCUCCUACUUUCUACUCGCUUCUAGUAGAAAUUUAUUCAAUUUAUUCUGCAUUUAGUGGUCAGAAUAUUGUAGUUCUACUACCUGUUUACGGCUAACGAUUUUGAGCGAGAUAAUGUGCUGUUUAGUGAAAGCUUUUGUUUUUAUACAUUUUAAACCCUGUAAAUUCAACCAUACCAUGUUUAGUUCAGUUUUAUAAAAAGUUAGUUAAAUUUAAUAGAUCGAAAUACUGAAAAAUACUCCUAAAACCCAUGCCUACGCUUUGUUUAAAAAGAGGGGACCUAGUAACUAGUGGGUGAUUCGAAAAUUUUGAAUAAAUUUUUCUAUCCGUGGUAAACUGAGAGGUGUGAAAUUCAUUCGUGUUUAGAUAGAUUGUUUCGGGUGUAUUUUUCAGUGACAGAGUAAAAUUAAAGAGAAAAAAGAAAUACGGACAUAAGAUAUGGAUAUUUUCAUUAGCCAAAUUUAUUGCUUAUAGUAAAAAUUAUCGAAAUUGGGAUUCCUGUGGCUAAUAUUAACCGCGGAUGUUAAACCACAGAAAGCCCGCGCAGUUUGGUGUGUGUGGUGUGGCUUCGCUUAUUUUUUAUAAGACGAAUGUUUUCACUGAGCUGGCACAUGGAAAAUUUAAAGAAAUCAAUUUGCUGAUUAUUUGCUUUAUUGAUGUUGCUUUGUGGCAUAACAGUGAAAGUUUUAUUGAUAUGUUGGUGCCUUUUUGACUAAGGUUGUAUGGUUUUUACCUCAUUUUGUCUAUCUGUCUGCCUUAUGUCUCUCUUUCGUUGCCAUGGGUUUUGACCAAACAAGUCACUGUGAUAAACUUAAAGUGCCUAUCACCUUUCUGAACAUUCACAGUAUUGUUUCUACUUGGGGUAAGAUGUUGGAUAACCCAGAAAAAUAUUAUAGUUUGAGUGCGACUUCUUGAAGUUAUAAAGGUUUUUUCCUAUGCCAUAAAACUCAAAACUGAAAUUGUAUCGGGCUAUUCCACAUCUUACCCCAUGUAGAAUCAGUACUGAGAAUAUUGUCAGAAGGGUGAUAGGCACUGUUAGCUUUAGAAACUGGUUUUUUUUCUCUCUCUUUUAAAAAUUAACGAAAUAGUUGACUGUUGUUUACGAUAAAUUUCGCUAAUGCCAUAAAGUACUUCAAAAUUUAUAUCAAAUCACUUUAGUUUGAUAAAACCAGUAAAUAUAAUCUAGCGUUCGACUUAUAGCUUAACCCCAUCUAUCUUUCCCAUGAUGCCUUGCAUUCAGUUUUGACGUAAGCGCUGCUUACAAUUUCUGUAUCAUUUCGGUAUUAUAUUCACCAUUUUCCAUACAUCGUUUCACUGGUCAAACACAAAGCAUUCAAGCGAGGCGCCAAGGUACUUUCAAAGGAUUAUUCAAAUUUGAACCUUGCAACCCUGACUGAAUGCUCUGUGUUUGGCCAGUGAAGUCUGGAAAAUGGUGAAUACUUUUACCUUUACUUUAACUAGUUUCCAAAAUAAUAAUAUUUAGAAAUCUGUCUUUUGGAUAGAAUAAUCUUUUAAUAUUUAUAGUUUUUUAUUAGACUUCGAACACCAAAUUAUGUUUACCUGAACUUCAAGAAAAAAAAUAUAUGCAUAAAAUACAGAAAGAAAAAAAAGAUAAAUUUGCACUAGUAAACAAGCAAGCAAAGUUAUUAUUUAUUCAAGUUUUCUCGAAAAGAGAGGAACUAUAACCAAGAUUAACUCAUUCUUGAUGUGAAGUUUGAUGAAACGAUGAAAUAAACGCUUCCCUAUCUUGGGAUAGAAA